AACGGGACUAUUGAACUCGGGAGGAUCCCAAGACGCAUCCAAUCCGAAGAAGAACAUCGGUCCCAGACACCGUCCACUGUUUUCUAUAUAAGGUUCCCCGUUGGUCAUGGUCAAACCAGUCGCGGUCGUGAUUUCGAACUCGGAGAUCGGGGGUCCCUGUGGCAGUCGUGUUUGGUGCUAGUGUUGAAUUAUGAACUGAGGUGACAACAGUAGAAUCAAAUCAGCAGAAGAAUGAAGAUCGUGGACCUGUUUGCGUUGGGUCUGGUGGCGGUCAUAACGGUUCUACUCGAUCGCGUUGACCCAGUUUGUGCGUUGUCCACCGUGGGACGGAACGCCGAUGCGUUGGUAGUGGAUCCUGCGGCUCCGAGCGAAGCCAUUCCGGAGGAUGUGUCCAAACAGGAGCAAAUCGUUCCGGUCAAGUACGACGGUGCCCAGCUGUGGCGGAUCGAUUACGACGAUCAAAAGAAGAAGAAUGCGGUGGCUGAUUUGCAGAACAAAUACGAUGCAUCCAUGUGGAACUACAACAUCACCUACGUGGACGUGUUCGUCAAGGGGCCGAAACUGUCCGACGCCCGGAAGUUGCUCGCCAAGGCCCGGAUUCCGUUCGAGGUGAUUAUCGACGACGUCCAGAAAGCGAUCGACAACGAAAAUCCCCCCAAGGAAGCGGUGGAUCUGUGGGAGAAUCGCGACGGGCACCACAUGACCUGGACGGCGUACCACCGGUUGGCGGACAUCCACGAAUGGAUGGACUACCUGGCCAAGUCCUAUCCGGACGUUUGCAGCACCCAAAUCAUCGGAAAGUCCUUCCAAGGCCGGAACCUCAAGGUCCUCCGGAUCUCCAAUGGGAAUCCUUCGAAUUCGGCCGUCUGGAUCGACGGAGGAAUCCACGCUCGCGAGUGGAUCAGCCCGGCCACGGUGACCUACAUCGUGAACAAUCUGGCGGAGGGAUGGGACGAUCAGCCGGAGUACAUAAGGAACAUCGAUUGGUACGUGCUUCCGGUGCAGAACCCGGACGGAUACGAAUACACGCACCAGGGAGACCGUCUGUGGCGUAAGAAUCGACGCGGAUCGCUGUACGGACCGUGCGCUGGGGUGGAUUUGAACCGUAACUACGGUUAUAAAUGGGGCGGACAGGGGUCUUCGAAGCAGCCGUGUUCGGAGAUAUACGCUGGAAGUGGGCCGUUCUCCGAACCGGAAACGAAGGCAGUGAGUAAUUUCAUGCAAAACUCGGCGGCCAACUGGAAGGGAUUCCUGACGUUCCACAGCUACGGACAGUACAUUCUGUACCCGUGGGGUUACGACCGGCUGGUGCCCCCAGAUCAUCAGGAUCUGAAGGCAGUUGGGGACGAAGCUGCCAAGAAAAUGCUUGAAACGGGAGGAGCCUCCUACACCGUAGGACCGUCCGGCAAUACCCUGUAUCCGGCUGCCGGAGGUGCGGACGAUUGGGCCCGCGGAGAACUGAAAAUCAAAUACUCUUAUACGGUGGAACUGCGAGAUAGUGGCCGCAAUGGAUUUGUUCUUCCGGCAAGCCAGAUUCAACCCACCGGAGAUGAGGCUUUCAUUUUCGUUGAUUCCGUAGCUCGAGCCAUUUCCAAGUUGAAGUAAGUCAGAAUUUGUAAAAUGAAAUACAUAUUUUUGAUUGUAA